CUCCUGGCAGACCCUGCGGAGGCGUUGGGAAGUCGGGGGGUCUGCCCAGCAGCCAUGGCGGGAGCCGCGGGGAGCUGCCAGUCCUUCGAGGGACUCUCUCUCGGCUCCUCCGAGGAAGACGAGCUUCGGAGGGAAGCGAUGCAGCAGGUCCUGGACAACUUGGGCUGUCUGCCCCACUCCACUGGGGCUGCUGAGCUGGACCUCAUCUUCCUCAGGGGCAUCAUGGAAAGUCCAAUAGUAAGAUCCCUGGCGAAGGCCCAUGAGCGGUUGGAGGAGACCAAGCUGGAAGCCGUGCGGGGAGACAACAUAGAGCUGGUGAGGGACAUCCUGGGGGACCUGGCCCAGCUGGCACCCCACAGCUCCACCGCUGCCGAGCUCGUGCUCCUCCUGCAGGAGCCCCACUUCCAGUCCCUCCUGGAGACCCACGACUCAGUUGCGUCGAAGAGCUAUGAGACGCCACCACCCAGCCCUGGUUUGGAUGCCACGUUGAAUGCCCAGCCUGUGCCCCCAGACGCCGUGCGCAUGGUGGGGGUCCGCAAGGCAGCGGGCGAGCAUCUGGGAGUGACGUUCCGCGUGGAGGGCGGAGAACUGGUGAUCGCUCGCAUCCUGCACGGGGGCAUGGUGGACCAGCAGGGGCUGCUACAUGUGGGUGAUGUCAUCAAGGAAGUGAACGGGCAGGAGGUGGGCAGUGACCCCCGGGGGCUGCAGGAGCUGCUCCGCAGUGCUAGUGGCAGCGUCGUCCUCAAGAUCCUGCCCAGCUAUCAGGAGCCCCACCUGCCCCGCCAGGUGUUUGUGAAAUGCCACUUUGACUACGACCCCACCCGGGACACCCUGAUCCCCUGCAAGGAGGCGGGGCUGGGCUUCACCGCUGGAGACCUGCUACAGAUCGUCAAUCAGGACGACCCCAACUGGUGGCAGGCUUGCCACGUGCAGGGGGGCAGCGCGGGGCUGGUGCCCAGCCAGCUGUUGGAGGAGAAGAGGAAAGCCUUUGUCAAGCGGGACAUGGAAGUUACGCCCACGUCAGGGACCUUGUGUGGCAGCAUCUCGGGCAAGAAGAAGAAGCGGAUGAUGUAUCUCACCACCAAGAACGCGGAGUUUGAUCGCCAUGAGCUUUUGAUCUACGAGGAGGUGGCCCGGAUGCCCCCGUUUCGCCGGAAAACCCUGGUUCUGAUCGGGGCCCAGGGCGUGGGCCGGCGCAGUCUCAAGAACAAGCUGAUCAUGUGGGACCAGGCACGCUAUGGCACCACCGUGCCCUACACCUCACGGAAGCCCAAGGACUUGGAGAAGGAGGGCCAGGGCUACAGCUUUGUGUUGCGAGCAGAGAUGGAGGCUGACAUCAAGGCUGGUCGUUACCUGGAGCAUGGGGAAUACGAGGGCAACCUGUACGGGACCCGCAUCGACUCCAUCCGCCGUGUGGUGGCAGCGGGCAAGAUGUGCAUUCUCGAUGUCUACCCUCAGGCAGUGAAGGUACUGAGGACGGCGGAAUUCGUGCCCUAUGUGGUGUUCAUCGGGGCUCCGGACCCGGAGACUCUGCGAGCCAUGAACCGGGCAGCUCUGGACAGCGGCGUCACAACCAAACAGCUCACGGAGGCGGAUCUGAAGCGGACGGUGGAAGAGAGUGAGCGCAUCCAGAGAGGCUACGGGCACUACUUCGACCUGUGCCUGGUCAAUGACAACCUGGACCGGACCUUCCGCGACCUUCAGGGAGCGAUGGAGAAGCUGCGGUCCGAACCCCAGUGGGUGCCUGUUUCUUGGGUCUACUGAGACCCUCCGCAGGCCUGGCUCUGCCUGCCGAUUCCCGAAACCCUCCAGAUCCGGUGCUGGGCACGGUCUCUAGGCCCCCUGCCAUUUCGGGUCCCAUCCUGGGCUCCCUCCCUGGUGACCAGACAUUUUGAGGGGUGCCGGCCCUGAGGAAGCAAGCCCUGUUGGGGGGGUGGGCAUUUGUGGGGUUCUGUGCCCGGGUGCUGUCCAUCUCUUUCCCAUCUCACCACCCCUCAACCACCAGCAUGUUGUGCCCAGGGGCUGCCCACUCUGUCCACCAGAUGUUCUGGCUUCUACCUGUACCUGACACAAGCUGACUUGAGGAGCCAGCUUGGGGGAAGAGGGGACUACCCUUUCCAAGGACCAUCUCUUCCCCUUGGAACCAGGAUGGGCACAGAGAGGGUGAUCUUCCCUCCAAGACCAUUCCCACAUGCCCAGCCCUAAGCAUCACGUGGUGUCCAUUCCUUGCCCUAGACAUGGGGGAAGAGUGUCCAUCUUGUGUCAUGCCUGAGGCAGGGGGAACCAGAAACUUGAGAAGCCAAUCCCUGAGCAUUCCAGGGGUAGCGGACUUUCCGGGUCCUCUCCCUCCAGCCCCGUCCCCAUCUCAAUCCUCAGCUGUUCACUGCCAAGCCUCUCUGUGGGGUAUAAAGGGAAACUCAGGCUGGCCCUGCCCUGUCCCCGUGGCCCCUCCCUGUUCCCCUAAGUCCUUUGAAUGAGGAUGGCAGAGCCGGAGUGUUGAGGGUGGGGGUGAUGGGGCACAGGUAUUAACCAUCUUGACCAGGGUCAGGGUUCAGGCAGCAGGAGAGGUUUCUGCCCAGAUCCCUGUAGGUCAGGACCCAACAAUGAUGAGCCCAGUGAGGUCAGGAGACGUGGGCAAAGGAGAGAGACCUCGGGACCACCUCCUCAGGGCAUGGCUUACCCAAAGGGCAUGGAGGUCCACCACCUUACCCUGUCUGGCACUUGGCAGAGUUCCAGGCACUGAUGCCAUGUAGAGGUGCUAAGCUGCUAGCACAAGCUCACAAGGACUCGGGCACUUCCAAGGAGGUAGGGUUGGGGGUUUGGAGGUGGGUUCAGAAAGGGCUGGAAGAUAAUUUUCAGGGGUCUCUGAUUCUGAAAUCUCAGAGACCUUGGCCUGCUGAGCCCCUAACCUCACACUGCCAACUCAAACCAUUCCCAAAGGGUAGGCUUGGGGAAGAGCUUGGUUUCAAAAGAACAUGUCAUUUUGGGUUUUGAAAUGUCAGAGGUCAAUUCAAUCCAUCCCCCCAGGCUGCAGUACCCCUCACUCCAGAAAUAUGGGGUUGGGGCGGGGGGUGCCUGCCUCUCACAGGACAAAGCUAUAGGUGGUCAACUUCUCCCUGUGGACAGGGCCUCCCACUCCCAUGGUCCUUCCAGCACUUCCUGUUGCUGAAGUUGUUGGUCAUAUCUCUCAGGAGGUGCAGUAAUAAUAAUAAUAAUAAUGGCAUAUAUAAAGUGCUUACUAUGUGCAAAGCACUGUUCUAAGCACUGGG